GCGGCGUCAUCUCGGCCUCCGUACUGGCGUAAGUGAACGUGGCCGGGCUUUGCCGAGAAGUACCUGAGGGAAAAAACGUUUUUCUGUUAUAGUUACUUGGGAGCGUUUGCUUGCUUUUCGCCAUGAGUCGAAACUACAACGAUGAAUUGCAAUAUUUGGAUAAACUGGAUAAGAACUGCUGGCGCAUCAAGAAAGGAUUUGUGCCCAACAUGAACGUGGAGGGUGUGUUUUAUGUGAAUGACCCUUUGGAGAAGUUGAUGUUUGAAGAACUAAGAAAUGCAUGCCGAGGUGGAGGUGCUGGUGGCUUUCUUCCAGCCAUGAAACAAAUUGGCAAUGUAGCUGCAUUACCUGGUAUUGUUCAUCGAUCUAUUGGACUUCCUGAUGUUCAUUCAGGGUAUGGCUUUGCUAUUGGCAAUAUGGCAGCCUUUGAUAUGAGUGAUCCAGAAGCAGUAGUUUCACCAGGAGGUGUAGGGUUUGACAUUAACUGUGGUGUUCGAUUACUGCGGACCAACCUUGAUGAGUGUGAUGUCCAGCCGGUGAAGGAGCAGCUUGCACAAUCCAUGUUUGACCACAUUCCUGUAGGGGUGGGAUCCAAGGGUGUCAUCCCCAUGAAUGCCAAGGACCUGGAGGAAGCUUUAGAGAUGGGGGUAGACUGGUCCUUACGAGAGGGCUAUGCCUGGGCUGAAGAUAAAGAGCAUUGUGAAGAAUAUGGGAGGAUGUUGCAGGCAGAUCCAAAUAAAGUGUCGGGAAGAGCUAAGAAAAGAGGUUUACCUCAGCUGGGGACUUUGGGAGCAGGAAACCACUAUGCUGAGAUACAGGUGGUGGAUGACAUUUAUAAUGAAUAUGCUGCCCGAAAGAUGGGUAUAGACCAUAAGGGACAAAUAUGUGUGAUGAUCCACAGUGGGAGCAGAGGCCUUGGCCACCAAGUAGCUACAGUGUGUCUCCAGCUGACCGGCCAGCCAGUGUUGAUCGGCGGAACAAUGGGAACUUGCAGUUACGUCCUUACUGGUACUGAACAAGGCAUGACUGAAACCUUUGGAACCACCUGCCAUGGAGCAGGCCGUGCAUUGUCCCGUGCCAAAUCACGACGUAACUUGGAUUUCCAGGAUGUGUUGGACAAGUUGGCAGAUAUGGGGAUUGCGAUCCGUGUUGCAUCUCCCAAACUAGUCAUGGAAGAAGCUCCUGAAUCUUAUAAGAAUGUGACAGAUGUGGUUAACACCUGCCAUGCAGCUGGCAUCAGCAAGAAAGCAAUUAAACUGAGGCCCAUUGCAGUAAUCAAAGGGUGAAGAAGCCAUUCACAGAAUCUUGACAGAAACUCUUCUUACUCAGACUACUUGUUAAUUAUGUUUCCAUCCAGAUGGAAACUCUGACAAACUGUUUGUUAGAACUUUUGGACUUAAGAAAUAUGGUACAAAAAAGAUAAACCAAGAUCUGUUGCUCUUUUGAUCUAAUGGCAAGUUGUCUGAAGCUGACUGAGUUUCUUUAAGGGAAAAAUGUGAAACAGUUUUUCAGAAGAUUAUCUGAUCCUAAUAAACGGUCUGUUCUGUCUAUAAUGAGAUUUCUGACCAGUGCUAAUAUGAUAGCCAUCUUUUUUUCAAGAAGGCUGGGUGAGUUUUUCCCCCCUAACUUUAGUUGUUUCUCUCUAAUAAAGACUUAGAGUCCCGAGUAAUAAUAUAUAACAUCUCUUGAAUUUAUUCGUUUAGCAUGGCAAUUUUUGACCAAUAAAUUAAGCCUGACUAAGCUAGUAAUCUGUGGGAUGUAGCAAAAUUUGCAAAUGUUCUUACUACAGACGUUCGUGAAGCAGCAGUUUCUUCUGAGGCGUUUUUGACUAAGCCAGGAUAAGUUGCAUCCCCACUACACAACAGAGGGUACUUUAGGAGCAGUUGAUUCUGUGCACAUCUCAGAGUAAUAUCUCUUAUCUGAAGUUGUACUUGUACUUUAGUGGAGGAACAAUACUACAUUCUGAAAAAGAAAACCAGCUUUCCAUUGAAGACAUAGCUAGCUUUCAGUAAUGCUUUAAGCCAUUCAUGUCUAGAACAGACCUAAUAGCUAUAUCGAUAAAGAGCUGAGGUGGUGCAGUGGUUAGAAUGCAGUAUUGCAGGCUAACUCUGCCAACUUCCAGCAGUUCGAUUCUCACCAGCUCAAGGUUGACUCAACGUUCCAUCUUUCCGAGGUUGGCAAAAUGAGGACCCAGGGUAAUAUGCUGACUCUGUAAACUGCUUAGAGAGGGCUGUGAAGCACUGUUAUAUAAGUGCCAUUGCUGUUGCUAUCCUCCAAGCUGUCAUUAAAAAAUACAAAAACUUGGUCUUUUGUUGCAUCUUCUGAACACUGACUAAAUAGACCGUGUAGAUAGAGCAGUAUCUGAGUUACUUCUUAAAAUGGCAAACUGGAAAUCAUAUUGAUUGUACUGUUUUUGACUUUACUUCUAUCUUAUAAAUUUAAAUGGCUGCUUAUUUACAUUUUUUUUAAUUCUCCAAGACUUUCCAGAUCUUGAAAACUUCUAAAUAAAGCUGCAAGGAAAUAAUUGCAAAAGUUCACAAGUUACCUUUCAUUUAAAGACAAUCAGAUUUAUUUGUAAUUUAGGAGUAAAGCAGAUGUUUUGAAAUGCUGUGGGGAGAUGGUAUUGCUGCUACUCCGUGGUAUAAGUAAUUUAAUUUGAACUUUACAAAUAAUUUCUAGUAGUCCUAAAUUCAGUCUGUUUGGACUAAGCUGUGUUGAUUUUUCAGAACUCACAAUGAGUUCUGCUUCAUUAUAAAAUGUGUUACAAUGAGAGCCAUCAGUAGAGGGCAGCUUAUUAAAGAUAAACUGAAAAAAAUGGCAUUAGUAGAGAAAAGUUUGAAAGAAACACUGGAUAAAGAGUGCAGUAUUCUUUUGAAAAAGAUUUGUAAACUGAUGUCACUAGUAGUUUGCAAUUAAUUUAACAAGCCCAAUAAACUAAAGUU